AUGUCUCUACUGGGGAAAUUGUUCUCUAGUACACCAUCUGCUGGACCAACCACCUCAAGAUCUUCCAAUCCUCUGGAUUCCAAUUUGGAGGAUCAUUUUACCUACAACUUACUCUUCCCAGAUGCCGAAGCUUUGUGUCACAAAGACCAACUCUUCCCCUUCUCAUCGGGAACCGUACUUGCGCCUGCAAAUGCGCACACUUUUGACGUCAAUGGAGAAAUCGAUUUGGACCUGCGCGAUGUUCGAGUAAUUAUUAUGCAGGAAGCUACAUCAACCUCUGGAACUCCAUACGUAUUAUACGAUAGUCACACACCUCCGCCAACUUCUCCUUCUCUUGAAAGACAAAAUUCAAAUGGCUCUGCAUUCCCUACAAGGUCCGAAAACCGGCGAUCGGUCCCUCCACCACGAAAGACAUCCGUAGGACAAAAUUCAAGACCGGUCGUUAUACAACAGGAUACUACAACUGCUCGAGGUUUUGGCGGCGCAUUCGAUCGGAGAUCAACACAUAAAUCACAUUUAAGUUAUACAGAAACUGAAGGCCAACGUUCGCUGAGGGAAUACAAAGAGGAGGUUACAACUAUCUCGAAUUGCAUAUUUGGAAAUUCCGAAGUUUUGGCAUACAAAGGGACUGGUACAAAGGUUCACAUCUUGCCAUCGGAGUCAAGAUCCUUUGUAGGACCUAGUUCUUAUGCUGCAGACGGUUCUUAUGGCAGAUCAAGUAUGCGAGGUAGUAAAUUGACACAAUCUUUCACUUUGGAAAACGUCGUAGGUCCUACUCCCGCUGGGCUUUCAACAACCACAUCUUCACGGGGACAAGAUCGAAAAAAGGUUCUCAUUACGCGCAUGUUUCCAGUACCUCUACCAAAUGAUGACGUCGAGACUCAAACACCAAUUGCAGGACCAGACAAGGAUGGAUAUCCAUUUCCAAAAGUUAGUGUUGCUGGCACUCCUGAAAAGAAGCCUCAGCCAAAACAGAAACGGACUCCUAUGUAUGCGGUCGGAUUGAUUGUCCAUUUGCCAGCUUCACCACCUCGUGCACCUUCAGUGCCGAACUCUCGAUCUAGCUUUCGCGCAUCAAGUUCCUACAAUGAACAGGAUUCAUUUCCAUCAUCUUUCAGUUCCACAAAACGUGCAGGUUGGACCAUGCUCGGUUCUGGUUAUGGCAUCGACUCUUUGGAAUCUUCGAUUCACAGUGAUGUGGAUGAUCGAAUUGAUAUGAUUACUCAACACUGGGACAUUAUCACUCGAACUCUCACUCAUCUCCAAGCAGUUGCAACUGAAUCUUUGGUAUGCCUUCUUCGACAAGCCGAUAUCAGUUCCCCUGGACCUCGUCGCGAAUCACACUCUCGAGCCCCUUCGGCUAGUGUAUCAAUCGCUGGUAGAAGAGCAGAGGACGCUAAGCCAUUCAAGUUACCCAAGACAAAUGCGAAAUUAGUUCAGCUUAGUCAAAAUUGCUUGGUACAAAUUCACAAAAUACAUAAAGAAGUUGAUGCUUCACGCCAAAGGAUUGUUAGUGGUAUCAAAGGUCUUCAGGUGAUUACUGGUCAAGGUCGAUGGGGAAUUUGGCGUGAAGAAGCCAGAUUGGCUGAGAGGUGGGCUGGCGGAAAGGAUAAGGGAUUUUUCUUCUUCAACUUACUAACUGGGUUUUUGGGUAAUCACACUGAAUGGUUACAAGCAUUGGGACCUAGUUGGUAUCGUCGGAGACACUAUCAAAUUCAAAGAUCUCACAAAGAUGAAGAGAUACCUCUUCCCGCGCGAACCAUCAUUGUUUCCAAUGACAAAAUGGCAGCAAGACGGUUGAUCUUUUUGCUCUCUGCUUUUCUACCCGCGAGUCCACAACUUACAUCUCGGGCUCAUCGGCCUAGCACGUCGAUAUCUUUGGGUGGAUGCUCACAAUCUCCUCCAUCUUAUAUCAUACCUAUCUUGAGAGAAGAUUCACUUCGCCGCAAGAUCAACAAACGCUCUAGUACAUCACGAACCGCCCACCCGCGAUCUGUGAGCUUUCCCGCUCAAUCCGCUCAAACUUCACAAUCUUCUAAACCUUCAUCGGAACAACCCAGUGGCCUUGGAAUUACAGUUCAUGAUGGUCAACAACGUGACAGAUCAUCAUCCGAUAUUUCCCAAAUUAAAACAGCAAAUUUGCCAAUUCCUGGCAGUGACGGUGGAACUCGAAAGAGCAGCACUGCAACAACAAGGACUGCCACACCAAUCACAACAGUUCCACAUUUCUCCACGAGAGCUCCAGUCAGAGGAACUGGACCUAUACCUAGACCAGGAAGCAGUGGUAGUCUUGCAGCUGAUGAUCUACUUCGAUCUUUGAAGAGAGGUGAAAGCUCCGGUCAAUACAGUAAUGUAAGCAAUGAUUCUCAAGGUCAGAACUCAAGAUGGGGUAGCAUGAUUAGUGGUUUCUGGAGUACAAGAAGAAGGCCAUCUACAACCAACACGUCAGCUACAUCAACGGAUGAAGUCGAAAUCAAUGAUCCUUAUUACAGAGAUAUCACUUCACAACCUCGUGGUAAGUUAUCAGAUACCACUGAGACUGACGCUCCUUUGACAAAGUCAAAAGACCAACAAGAUCGCGAGUUAAGGAACUCGGAAUCCGGAAGUACCGAGACCGCCAGAGCAAUCGAGCCAAGAUCAGAGCAACAAGACGAUGAGAUUAAUGAGCAAGUGAUUCAAACACCGGAGCGAAGACCAGAUCCUUCGGGAGCUUAUGAGUCACCAGUCAAGACUACAAUUGCUGAUGAUGGUGCCAUUGAAAUCGAUGUCCCUCUACCUGAUUAUUUGGCUUUCGAAACGGCUGUCAGCUCGCCAUCAAGCAGUGGAUAUUUGUCUACGCCUGGUUUGGGAAAUGGCCUCGAAGGUUUCGAACAUUACUCACGUGCGGGACCAGAUUCAGACACUACGAUAAAUGUCGGCGGUUACCUACCCCGUUAUCAUCCAGAUUUUGCAUUACAGGCAGUGCCUUCCCAUGCGGAUCUUAUCGCUGAAAUUAAGGAAUCAAUGAGAGCAGAGCCAACACCUCUCAUCACAUCAACACCCCAUGCGGAAGAUGGUCGCGCAGAUCGAUGGGUUGAUAUUUCUAGUGCAUUGGUAGCUGAUACUACCAACUUCACAAUUACUCAUAUUCGUUACAGACGACUUGUGAAGCUUAAGGAGAAUGUGGAUCCUACAACUCCAGCUAUCUCCACUUCAUUAGAAUCAAAAUAUGGUAAUGUUUACUCUGCCGUACUACUCACGCCAUCUUUUGAAGUGUAUGACGAUCACGAAGAUCAGUUUAUCGAAGAUCAGUUAGUCAGCAUGGAUGAAACAUUGAUUGAAGCUGUUGAGAGAAUUAUUGCUCGAUCAGGUCAAGCUUCUAAGCAAUCAUCAGCAUGUUCAUCUAGAUCUACAAGCAGAAGACCUGCUAUUGGAAGGGAAAGAUCCAAUUCAGAUACCAAGACUGUACCUGAGGUUAGGACGAAUCUCGAGGUUCCAAGAAAUGAGUGCAAGAAAAUGGUUCUUAGUGCUCUUGAGGAAAUCGUGAAGGAAGUAGCAGAGAGUCGAGACGAGACUGUUGGAAACCACAGAUUAGAGGGCAGGGAGAAAGAAAGCUUCUUAAGGGAAGGAGUCAGAACUUGGUUAGGAACUGUGGAAAGUGUGUAA